AUGCCGCUCCUGGGUUUGAGCUAUGAAUUGAUCCUUUCCAUUGCUGCGUAUCUUGAUCAAGUCGACCUCUUGAACAUGUCGCUCGUAUGCAAGCAUCUGAACGUUGUCACCGAGCCGGAGCUGUACCGCGAAUACACGAACAUCCAUAUCGACAACCGGAGUUUCUCCCUUUUCGUGAAACGUAUCAUUCGAUCGCCUAACCUUGCCCGGAACGUCAAAAAACUUGACCUAUCACACUGGGAGACCAUCGAUGCUUUCAAUCCGGUCUACUAUGAUUCUGCCAAUGGCGUCCCGGACGUAGACAAGAAAGUCGCGGAUUUCGACGAAGCCAAAGCGCCAGAGCCAAAUGAGGAUGACUAUCUGCUGUACUGCAGGGCUGCCCAAGCUGCUGGGGUUAUCGCAGAAAUCUCACCAUACGAAACAAAGAGCUGCAUCGUCGAACAGGCAAGGCCCAUGUUGUCUUCACAGGUCCCAGACGAUGAACCGUGGUACACGCACAUCAUUGAUGGCAUGUCUUACGACCAGAAAUUCUGCUCCAUGCUUCGAGCCGGCCUUGAGGACCCCGUAAUCGUACUAAUGGUUGCCUUACUCCCCAACGUUCGCGAAAUGCUCGUGCGGGGCGGGCCCACCGACAGGGUUGCAUUGGAAUGGCGAGCACCAACUCACCGAUUCUCAAAGCUUCGUAGGCUCACAGUCCACGCGAUUGACGGCAUGCUAUCUUGGCCGAUUGCCUUCUUCAGCCCUAUUUUGUCCGAGGGUCGGUUGGAUAUCUUCGAAGUGGAAAUGGCCAGUUCGUGGUAUCAAGACACAGGCGAUAUAGAACCUCUUCACCACAACAUCAUACCUCUCACCUUGACUCCAGGAAGUCUAAACCUGAAGAAGCUCGAGCUGAUCAAGUCUUGUUUGAGAUUCACCGACUUGGGGUGCUUAUUGAACGCCUGUCCAAAUCUUACCAGCUUCCAAUUUACGGAGGAUCUCGAGGCUGGGGCCUAUACAAUCUCUCCAAGUACGGUGAUAAAACUCCUUGAGCCGCUCAAAGACACUCUGCAACAACUCAUACUUGACCUGACCGUGCAUGAGCAAGAGUUCGACGACGAUAGCGACGAUGACGAUGAUAAUCGCGAUCACAUUGAUUCACUGGCACAUCUGACUAGCCUCAAGCUUCUCAGCGUUACCCCCGAGAUAUGGCGUGGUGUGGAAAUGGAAUACCUCAGGAUGGACUUCACCCUCGAUCGCUUCCUACGCGAGGUACCAAGCAGACGCCCUCUUGGGUAUAGGCUACCGCCAAACCUGGAGACGCUCGCAUUUCCUCUGUCAGGGCGGGGAAUCGAAAUGCCUCUUUGUCAAAUACGGCAUAUCAUCUGUAGCCGUGCCAUACAUCUUCCGCUGCUGAAAAGUCUUUACGUAAACUCGCAAGACGAAGAUUAUCUAGACGAUCUUGAGGAUCUACUAGAGAAAGAGGCGGAACACAUCCAGGCGCGGCCUGGAGUGGAAGAACUUGGGAUCAGCUUAGGGUGUAACGUUAUGAGAACCGCUUUCGAUACCAUUGAGUCACAUCGCAAGCUUCCACAUCUGAAGUGGUUUGGAGACAAGUAUGCAAGGCGGCAUCGCAAAUCGAAGAAGUCGGAAGAAGAAAUGAGCCAGAUCAUGGCGAAGUACGACCAUCAAGGGCUGAACGAAGACGAGAUGACCAGGUUGAUGGCCAACGAUCCUGACAUGGAAAGUUGGGUGGAGCGGAAUGUUCGCAACCAUGUGGAGGAGGAUAUAGUCUACGAGGACGAAUAG